AUGGGGAAAAUUAUGAUUUUUGAUGGGGAAAAUUAUGAUUUUUGGUAUGUGAAGAUAAAGACCAUUUUUCUCUCAUAUGAUUUAUGGGAUUAUGUUGAAGAUGAGUAUGAUGAAUCAGAGGAUACAACAACUUUGACGAAUGCCGAAAGACAACAAUUGAAAGAUCAUAAGAAGAAAGAUGCAAAAGCUUUAGGCUUGAUUCAACAAGGAGUUGCUGAUACAAUCUUUCCCAGAAUUAUCAAUGCUUCUAAAGCAAAGGAGGCAUGGGAUAUUCUUGAGAAGGGGUAUAGAGGCAGCACAAAGACCUAUGGGGAAGAUAUUUCUAAUCAAAGAAUUGUUGAAAAAAUUCUGAUUAGUUUGCCGGAAAAAUAUGACUCUAUUGUUGCUGUUAUUGAAGAGACUAAAGAGCUUGAAAACUUGAGUGUUGAAGAAUUGAUGGGUUCAAUAAAAGCAUUUGAGCAAAGGUUGAGUAAGCGCUCCGAAAAGACAAUUGAAAGUGCUUUUCAAUCCAAGCUCAAUGUUAGUUCCAGAAAUCAAGAAAAAUACCCAUCAAGUUUUGAUCGAUCCAAAGGCGAAUCUUCUAGAGGUGGAAGACACGGACGAGGAAGAGGAAGAGGAAGAAAUUCAAGAGGAAGAGGAAGAAAUAAUUUUGAGAGAAGUGGAAAUAUAAAGUCCACUCAACAAAAUUGUGGAAUUUGCAAGCGAAGUAGCCAUGUUGACAAAGAUUGUUGGUUUUGGGGGAAACCUCAAUGUUUCAAUUGCAAGAAAUUUGGACAUGUUCAAAAAGAUUACCGGUUGAAAAUAAAUCAGCAAGCUAAUUUUUCCGAAGAGCAAGAAGGUGAAACGAGCAUGUUUUAUGCUUGUCAUUCGACAUCGGAACAAAAUGAUGAUGUGUGGUUUCUUGAUAGUGGGUGUAGUAACUACAUGACCGGAGAUAAAAACAUAUUCUUGGAGAUUGAUUUUUCAUCCAAUUCUCAAGUGAGGAUGGGAAACGGUGCCUUGGUCCAAGCAAAGGGAAAAUGUACUAUUGCCAUAGAGACAAAAAAAGGAAGAAAGCAUAUUCGGGAUGUGUUACUUGUUCCGGAUUUGGAGCAAAAUUUGUUAAGUGUUGGACAGCUUGUAGAGCAUGGGUACUCCAUUCAUUUUGAUGAGGACUCUUGCAAAAUUUAUGACAAAGAAUCCUAUUUUCCAUAG